CUCGCGACAGCGACAGUCGCCCGAGCGAGCGGCGGCGAGCGGCGACGCUCCCACCCGCCGAUUGCGGCCGCGGUCCGCGCUCAUUCACUUCAGUCCUCCGUUGUCUGCCGCGGCGAGCGCACGUGUACACCGCGCGCCUCCGAUGUUAGUACACGAUUACGAAAUAUAUACGCGACUCGGACUUUUACUGUGACAGUGAAGCGACUGCCUUCGAAUAUGGGUUAAACGGCUCGCGCUACACCAUGAGUCCGGGCGAGCGCGCCGCCCUCGGGCGCCGCGAACCCGCUCGCCCUCAGUACGGGGCCACGGCACCGGGUUUCCCGCCACAGUACUACCCGCCCUACGGAGUGCCCCAUCCGAACGCGUGGCUGGGCGCACCCCUCAUAUCCAUGGCGGGGCGCACGCCGCCGGCGCGCAACACACCUGUGUCCAAGCUGGCGAUGCACGCACAGGGCGCCCCACUCAUCAUACAAAACAGACACGAUCGCAGGAAAUAUACCACAGUACCGGAGCAGCGGAAUCACCGCCCUUCUGGGCAUACGGAGCAAAUAACUAGGGACAGAUGCGAAUCACUGGAUAACAGGCAACGCAACCAGCAGCAACAGACGCGAUCCGCCCGCAACGGACGCAAUAACAAUACGGAUGCAGUCAGUGUCGCCAGCGACGAAAGUUCCGGCUCUACCAACUCUGAAACCAUGUUGCCUAGGAUUAUAAAACCUCGGAAACGUCGCAAAAAAGAUAGAAAACCUAAUAACAUUGUGCCGCACGAUAUGACGGCGGCCCCGUUAGACAUUGGUGAUGUUGGACACUGUGCAGUGAGCAGCAUGUCGCCGGGCUCGCAUGGCUUGUACGAAGAAUCGUACUGUCGCGAUAUUUCAAUGCAAUAUCGUUUAGAUGUCAAGGUGUUGGAGUACUCCGAACCAGCGCCCGAGACGUAUCGCGUCUCAGCUUUAGGAGAAGCCUUAGAAGCUACCCGUUUCGGUCUUAUAGAGGCAGCUUCGCCUUCCGAAUCUGCAGUAAGCUCAUGUCAGUGUCGCUAUUGUGAUCCCGUAGGUCAGAUCUGGGAUGCCGACUCGAUCGCGGAUUUGUUGGAUGAAAAUUCGAGUGGUGAUUUUGCGCCCACGAAAUUGGAAGAUUCGAUGAAAGUCGUUGGACCUCUCGGGAGACGCGGCGCAGAUACUAUUCUACGUCGCAGUUGGAGCGACCCCUCUUCCCGUGCUCCAGAAAGGCGAGACACAUCCACUGGAGAUCUUCUUACUUCGUCUAAUCUGUACUCUUUAUUCCCACCUUCGAGACGAGCGAGCUCCCCCGAGUCACGGUCUCCGCUGGCAUUGGAGAUCUCCUCAGAGAUCGUAACGUCAUUAAAUGGCCAGCGCGAUUUGGAAAUAAAAUUGUUUUCGACCUCGCCCCCGGCCACGAACUCCGACCGGCGCUCCUUCUUCGAUGAUAAAAGUGAAAGUGAUGUGAACAGUUGUAAGAUUGCGGGCUACGAAUUUAAAUUUAGCAGUGCAGUGGACAGUGAGAGAUCCGUGUCCAGUGCUCGCGCCAGCGAGGGGAAGAACGACACGGAGGCCGUCGGGUCCCCGCGUAAUAUUUGUGAUUUAGCCAUAGUUACUGCCUGAGGCGCUUGUGAUCGAUUAUGUAAAGUGUUAGCGCCGACACUCGGUCGACGCUCGCUAUUUGAGCUGGACUCAAAUUGUCACAGCGAGGCAUGCACGGAGCGUCUCACGCGACACAAACUGAGAUCUCCGUAUCGGUUUCCUGUAGAUUCUAUAAUUAAUUUAUUUUUAACAAUAGCUUAUGGAACUGGCUUUGGGGCUUUAUCUGGAGUUGUUUUAGGAAUGUAACGAUUCGCCGUUAGGAUGUUAUUACGCCUACUGUUUAACGCGAGUUUACUGUAUCGUAUAUGUUUUUUUUAAUUGGAUGAUACGUGAACAAGUGUACAUAGUGCGCGGCUAGGUUUCCGCGAAUUGUAGCGGUCGGCGCAGUGGCCUAACUGGCAGUUUGCAAUUAGCGUUUCACACUAGUGACACGGUUGCGCAGCUCCGUGGCGCUCGGCGCUGCGGCGCGGCGCUUUCCUCGUCGCGCCUCGUUCCGGCUGCCGCUUCUUGCACCGGUUCUCACCACCGAUCACUUUUAUUUUGUUCCGAGUAAUUGUUGGCUCACUUUUCACCCAUAAGGCCGGCGAGGGCGACGUAGACGGUCGAACGACGACCGGACUUCGAUCGCGCAUCGCGGGCCACUGGACCAGUAGACCGGGUUGCGAGUCACGCGUCCGCAAUACAUAAUGUCUUUUAAGCUACGUCAGUCAACUCAUCAGGCAUGUGUAUUUAAUUAAUUAUCACAAAAGUAUCGCGGGAUUUGAUGUAUUAAAAUAUCAUUUUUUUAAAUAAUAGAAAUCUAAAGUGUUUACGUCGGAUACAUAAUAACACUUAUUCAAUGUCAUUUGUAUAAAUAAGCGUGUCUUAUCAUAUUGUUAUCAGUAUGUUACGUGUAAUUUAUAAUUUAUCCAUAAUUCAUCUAACUGCGUUAGUGCAUUCAACUGUAAAGAAAUAAAUAUACAUCAUUAAACACAUAAAUAAAGACCAAAUGGAAUUGUUUAAGCAAUGCGGAAAUGUAGAAGUCAAAAGGUCGAGCGUGUCAAAUGGUAAUUAGACCUACUUAAUGUAAUAGAUUUCGAGGUCGGUUUAUUUUAAAAGAACUAUAUCUGUCCCACUUUGCGUAUCUUAAAUAAUGUCAAAUGGCAUUAGAUAGAGUACUUAUGAAAAUUAAUUGAGUGUAAUAAAUGUUCAUAAAUAUGUUUGCGUCAGACACAUUACGCGUUUACCGCCUCAAAUGAUCGCAAUUCCCUGUCGCAAGUCACGCGUCCUAGGAAAACAAUGAACGUCGUAAUUAUAGCCAGAGUAUAAAGGCGCUAUUAGCCCGAUAAUAGCUUAGAAUCGUUUCAUAGAAGGUGCAAUACUGAUAAAAAGCCGCGAUAAGUUUUCCCUCCAUUAGGUUUAUCUUUGUUUCUGUUAGGCCUCAGGCCGUUAACCUCACUGUGGAAAGCUCCGAAAUUCGCACUAUAUGCACAAAUAUUAGUUUAAAUAAUGUACGACCACGGUUCAGCGUCUUGUUUGUUGAAUACAUUUUGUACGUAUUUUAAAAUGUAAAAGGCAAAUGUUGCGGUGUUUUUUUAUGCAAAAUACGAUGAUAAAAUGUAAUAGAAAAUGUGUUUCAUAACACUUUCACUGCUUCGUGUUGUGGACAGUGGUUGUGUUGACACAAAGCGUAUUCAGUACACGUAUAUUACGAAUGCUAUGGUGUAAGGUAUUGUAACUUUAGUAACAUGCGGCGAAUCGACAAUUUCCAUUUUCGUUGUGCUUUCCUGUUCUAUUCUUUCUUCAAGCGAGGGUCCAACUAUGUGAGGGAUGCCAGAUAAAGCCCCAUUAUGUAGAUAAUGUGAAUAUUACUAAGUUAUUCAUGGAUUUGUACAUCCGUAUACCGUUGCUAUCGUUGAGUUUUACGCUCCAUGGGCGGUUUAGUUCUACCUUUUUCGUUUUUUUCCUUGUGGUGUGCUUAUAUUGCUUGGCGCGUGCGUGGGACGUCAUGAUAAAUUGGUGUUGUUUUAUUUUUUCUUAACGCUAGGGCUCGAAGUAGACGAGUUAUUACAGUCUAUCUGCUAAAGUUAAACUAAAUCGUAUUAGUGGUACCGCGUCGCUCGCCUAUCAAAUAUUUUCCUAUCAUUCUACAAAUAACCGGUCAAAUAGCUGUGUGACGGCUGUACCGAGCGACGCCUAAUUUAUUAUUUUAUCUAAAUGUACAUGGAAAGCUUUUUUAUAGCUGAGAUAAGCUACGGACUCAAUGUCGUCCGCUUCGGUGACUUGGAAUUGGGUAAUUUUGAAUAUUUAGCCGUUGAGAGAUGUAAAUUGAAUUUUAAAUCUAUAGAUCUCGUCAAUUUCGAGUCCCUAGCUGUUUGGGGGACUGUGUAAGGGGCGUGGCGCCGUACGCAGUUGUAAGGCUCAACGAUACACCAACAUACUAUUGUAAACAAAAUAGGCUAUGUCUAACCUACAGAGUGAAUGCAUUUUAUAUAUAUA